AUGUCUCACCGUGCAUAUGGGCUAGAUGUGAUGCCAUCACAAGCAUCAAUCGAGUUGCAAAACCAGGUGGUGUUCACAAGCGCAGCAAUUCUGCAGCAAAACCAUCGAGGAAACAGAAACAAGCAAGGACCGGGGGUUGAAGGUGAAGAGAAAGUCCCGAUGGAAAGAGAAGACGGCUGGAUGGAGGUUGAGCUUGGAGAGUUCCUCGACGGCGGAUGUGGUGGCAAUCAUCACGAGGUCGUGAAGGUGAGAUUCAAGGAGGUGAAGGGAUAUCAACUGAAGGGAGGGCUUGUUAUUAAAGGCGAUGAAGUUAGGGCUAAGAGAAUUGCGUGA